AUGGCCACUAGAACCAUUGUCAUCGACCACGGGUCUGGCUUUCUAAAGGCUGGCUUGUCUGGUUGUAAUGAGCCCCAGAUGGUUUUCCCGAGUAUCGUGAAUUACAUCCCAUGCCGGGAGAACCCUGGCCCCAGCUACGCCCAGAGACGCGUGAGUCUGGGUAUCGACUUUGGCCGUCCUGACACCUACAGCUACCCUAUCCAACGUGGCCGUGUGCUCAACUGGGAGGGCGUGGAGCACAUCUGGUCGUUUGUCCUGGAGAAACACAGGCAAGAGAACAAGGACUUCCCAGUGCUGAUCACAGAGAGCCCUUUGAAGGAUCCUGGGGAACGGAAGAAGACCUUGGAGAUAAUGUUUGAGUUGCUGGAUGUGCCCUCCGUCCUCCUGGCCGACCAGCUGGAGAUGUCGCUGUACGCCUCCGGCCUCCUGACUGGUAUUGUGAUCGAUUCCGGCUAUGGCCUGACCCGAGUGAAGCCUUUCUACCUCGGCCGCGCGCUGUCCUCGAGCUGCACAAUGCUGGAGUUUGCAGGCCAGGAUCUCUCUGCUUACCUCUUCAAGAGCCUCUUUAAAGAAGAUUGCAACCAGCACAACCUGUUCCAGGUGGAGACGGUCGCCAUGACCCAAAUGAGCAAAUGCUACGUGCCCCAGAAUUUGGCGGAGGUGCUGGACUUUCCCCAGAGCCUGCCCAGCAGCUCUGAGGAGAGUAACACCUACCGUCUCCCCGAUGGCACCCUGGUGGAGCUGACCCCCAUGCAGCGGCUUGCCCCUGAGAUGUUCUUCAGUCCCCAGGUAUUUGGCCUGCCGGGGCCCGGCAUCUCCCAGGCCUUCAUGGAGGCCCUGGAGAUGUGUGAUGCCUCAAUGCAUUCAUUGCUCAAGUCCCAUGUGAUAGCGUGUGGGGGGAACACCCUGUAUCCCGGCUUCACCAAGCGCUUGUACAAGGAGCUAACAACCGAUUCCUUCUCCACUAGGCUCUGGGUGGGCACCAAUCGCAACUUCAGCGUCUGGCUAGGGGCCUCCAUGCUGGCUCACCUCUCCAGUUACAAGUCUGAGUGGAUAACCAGAGAGGAUUAUGAUGAGGUGCGCAGGCUGUAA